CCUCUUUCCCCGGCCUCGCUCCCUGUCCUCUCCUGUGCUACCAAAAAAGUAGCAGCAGUGGCUUGCCCUCCUGCCCAGACGGCCGGCAUGUCGGCGGCGGUUGCUGUCACUUUGACCAAAGUCGAAAUCGAUAGGUCCGAGCUUUCUGCAGAGCAAGGCGGCUUCCAGAGACUGGACAGCACCAAAGAGCGAUCCAGACGAGCAGCAUUGGUGCUCUUGAAGCAAUCUAGAGCUGGACCAGGGAAUGCUACUUAGAGAAGUACGCAAUCGCUGACGGCCUGCUCUACUUGUCAAAACUUGCUCAUCUUCUUGACCAUUAUGACGCGCCGAGUGGCAACGACCAGCCCUCUUCUCCUCACGGCGUUGCUCCUGGUAUCGCUGCUCCUGGCCAGCUUUGCUACCACAGCAUCAGCCCAGCCCACGUCCCUCUCACGAACAGAAACCGAAGCAAUGGGCUCGCUCACUUCCCGCAUCUCACACCAUCAUGCUCGUCAGGACCCUAACUCGAGCCGCCCAACCGCAGCAAUCUACCGCGGCCCUAUCGCAUGCGAGUACUGCGCCGAAUCGGUCGGGGCUCUGCUGUCGACCCACCCGCUCAACUUCUCCAUCAGGUACCUCGGUCCCAACGAAUCAGCGGGCGACGUCACAGCUGCCAAUCUCAAGCAGGUAGACCUGUUUGUUCAGCCAGGGGGAGGGGAUGACACGGACACGGAUUGGGCGAGGGGCGCAAAGUACUUUACACCUGCACUCCAGCAGUACGUCAAGGAAGGAGGCAACUUCAUGGGAGUGUGCUUGGGUGCCUUCUUCGCCAGGGGGCCAAAGACCAAUGAGACAUACUUCGAUCUAAUGCCAGAGGGUUCCUACGUUACGUCGGAGCGUCUCUUGCCGGGGGCGCAGGAGCGCAGCGCGAAGGAUACAGUGGUUGAAGUGGACUGGUACUUCCACUCUGGGCCGAAGCGCGGUACCCUCAAGCCCAGGUCGUGGCAAUACUUCCAAGACGGAGGGGCUAUCGUGAUGGACAUGGCGCACGCACCCAAGGGCACUGUGGUGCUGGGCAGGUACAGCUACUCGGGAAGGCCGAGCGCUGUCGUCUAUCCGCAGGGUAAGGGGUGGGUCGGCUUGAUCGGGACGCACCCGGAGGCGCAGAUUGAGGAUAAUGACUGGUAUGACUUGGGGUUCAAGAACCCAGAUGGCUACGAGCGUGACUGGGGAGAUGAUUUUGUCCAGACUUUCUGGGAUGCGGUCAAGAAAGGUGAUCAGGGAAUGUGAUGUGAAGACAUCAUAUGCUGGUCGCAUUGCUCUUGUACUUCUCAGAUCCCACCCUCUCACGCAAUGGACCGUACAUUGAGUGGCUCUACGCCGCCGCCUAUUUGCUCAUCUCAGCCCAUCCUUCGGCUCGUACUCUUGAUCCACCACGCUCGCGACGAUGUCGAGCACAUU